AUGAUGAAGGACAACCACACCACGGUCACUGAAUUUCUUCUGAUGGGAUUCCAAAAUCUUCAUAGUUUCCAUAUCCCACUUUUUCUGCUUCUCAUUUUCCUUUAUUCCGUAACGGUCACCGGAAAUCUUCUGAUCAUCAUGCUCGUAUCAGUCAAUCAACAGCUGAAAUGUCCCAUGUAUUUCUUUCUCAGCCACCUGUCUCUUUGUGAUAUCUUAAUUAGUUCUAAUGUUGGCCCCAAUACCCUACAAGUGAUAUUAACAGGUAGGUGUCCCAUAUCUGCCCUUGGAUGCCUCAUCCAGCUGUAUUUCUUUGGUGCCUCUGCACUUAUCGAAUGCUGCUUGCUGACCGUGAUGUCCUACGACCGAUAUCUGGCCAUUUGCAACCCAUUGCGCUAUCCGUCCAUUAUGAAUGUCAAGCUCCCUUAUUAUCUGGCGAUUUGGUGUUGGACGGCUGGUUUUGCGUUAUCAUUUAUUACAGAGGUUCUUGUGUUUGAGUUGGAGUUCUGUGGGCCAAAUAUCAUAGAUCAUUUCUUCUGUGACCUUGCUCCUCUCCUUGAACUUUCAUGCUCGGAUACAUCACUUGUAGAAAUCCAGGUAUCUAUAAACGUAAUUUUAAUUGUAAUCUCGCAGCUAGUCAUUGUCGUUGCAACUUACAUCUGUAUUUUCAGUUCUAUCUUUCGGAUCUCAACCAGCACCGGGAGACAGAAAACCUUCUCCACUUGCAGCUCCCACCUUGCUGUUGUGUCAAUAUAUUAUGGAACUCUAAUUACUCUUUAUAUGGCUCCAUCAAGAGGAUAUUCCUUAGAACUCAACAAAGCAUUGUCCCUUCUGAACACUGUGUUGACCCCUCUGUUCAAUCCCAUAAUAUACAGCUUAAGAAACAAGGAUAUCAGAAAAGCUAUAAUAAAAUUUUUAAUGGGGAUCUCCUCUGUAAAACUCAAGGGAUAA